ACCGCCGCGAUCACCUCUAACGCUCUUUCCUCCUCCUUCUCCCUUUCCUCCUUCCAACAGUUAUCAUCAGCAAGACAACCAAAGAUUGACACACGAUGAAGCCUAUCGCUGCUCUCCUUCUGACCCUCUUUCUCGUUCUCGCCAGCGCAGUCUCGGCCCAGACUACUGGAUCUCAGCCUGCUACGAACUCUUCGGCAAGCUCCUCCAGCUCGGGCGGCAGUACUGACUCUGCGACGGGCAAUGGCCAGGACGGCGUCGCUGGCAUCGACCCGUGCUUUAUCCAAUGCGCCAGCAAGAGCAUUGGAGUUGCUGGCUGCAACGGAUUGGCCGAUUCAUCUUGUUUCUGCAAGAAACAAUCCUUCGUCGAUGCCGCUGGCAAGUGUGUCAUGGAGAAUUGCAAGGACGUCGAGCAAGAGAAGCUGGCCGCUGGCGUUGAGAUGCUCAAGACCGUUUGCACGCCUAUCAUGGGCGAUGACUACCAGCUCAAGUUCCCUGGCGCUGCCAACAUGACCACCAACGCGACCAGUGUCGGUGCCGGUGGAGCAGCUGGCACCGAAACGAGCACGUCUGGGGGCACGGCCGGCACCAGCGGCAGCACCACUUCCACCAUCCCCACCACGUCCAGCAGCUCCUCUGGUGGCACCCUCUCGGCCGGCGUGGGCGUCAACAACCACACCGCCUCCAUCUCGGCCGCGGGCAACGUUACGUCGCACAGUGCAAACGGCGCAGCCACCGUCCAGGGCCCGGUCCAGCUCUACGGCGCCUUUGCCGUCCUUGCUUCUCUCCUCCUGGGCGUCCUUACCGUCUUCUGAGGAUCGCCUGCCUCAGCACAGCUACGCCAGCAACGACUAUGACAGACCCAGAAAGAAAGACGGCUGCCUCUGGGCCAACUUCAGAGGCAGACCUCUCCGGCUCUACGUCUCGCUAUAUCCCAAGCUUCUUUCCCCCUAUUAGUCUCUCUCUCCCACUCCUUCCCU